UGAAGUGAACCCUACGGCGUCAUGGCGGAGGCCGGUUGUCGGAAGACUCUGGAUUGAGAUGCCAGCUUUCUACAAUCGCUGCUGACCGACGGGCACUAGACUUUGCAUACAUCCAAACCAGCUAAGGGGACUUACUUGAUUUUUGGACGGAGAGGAAAACCAACAUUCCGCCAGUUCUAUCGAACUGACUCGUUGUGGGCUGCUCUCCCUAACCGGGAGAUAGCUAGCUAGCAAGCAGACGGUAGCAUUAGCUAUCCGCAGCUGCUUGCUCGCCAGCUAAAUAAAAGAAGAAAGGACCUCUGAAGUGGAAAGGCGGAUUUAGACAAGUGUUUUCUAAGAGUUUCACAGGUAAAUCACGUGGAACAUUGUACUACAGGUCGACAGGGGGAGGUCUAUAUUUUGGACUUCAACAUGGCUGGACGCAGUGAGGAUGAAAGUGUAAGCAACAGCAGUGGAGACUCAAGUAAUUCUGAUGAUGAAUCCGGUUCUGGAUCGGGUUCUGCGUCAGGGUCCGGUUCAGACUCCAGUUCCAGCUCCUCCAGCAGCAGCAGCCAAUCAGGGAGCAGUGACUCAGGAAGUGGAUCAGACUCUGGCAGCCAGUCAGAUUCUGAAACAGAGAAAUCCAAGGAUAAGAUUGAACCACCAAAUAAGUCACACAUUGAUGGAGCUGAGUUCUGGAAGUCGAACCCAAGCAUCCUCGCAGUGCAAAGAUCUGCUAUGCUCAGGAAACAGCAGCUUCAGCAGCAGCAGCAGCAACAGCAACAGAGACAAAGCUCUUCAAAUAGUGGGUCUGAUGAGGACUCUUCAAGUAGUGAUGAAUCUGACUCAUCAAGUGGAUCUAAAAGGAGAAGAAAUUCUGGCUCCUCUGACACUGGAUCUGGCUCUGGAUCUGCAAGUGGUUCUGGAUCCGACUCAUCAGCAGAGGAUAACAGUGAUGAAACUGCCUCAGACUAUGAGCCCAGUCACAAAAGCAAAAGCAGGAAGCCUCCAACCAAGAUGAAUUUUCGAAAUGGAAAGAAAAGCAGCACCCAGAGGAAGAAAGCCCAGAAAUGUUCGUCUUCUGACGAAGAGGAUGACAAUUACAAGAAGGUGGCAUCUGCAGGGCCACGUCGGCAGGCCACAGUCAACAUUAGCUACAAGGAGGAUGAAGAGUUGAAAACAGACUCAGAUGAUCUGGUGGAGGUUCUGGGGGAAGAUGUCCCGCAACCUGAGGAAGAUGAGUUUGAAACACUAGAGAGAGUGAUGGACUGCAGAAUAGGAAGAAAAAGAGCAACAGGAAGUGUAACCACUGUAUACGCUAUAGAAGCAGAUGGGGAUCCCAAUGCCAACUUCAAUCACAACAAAGAAGCUAGUGAGGUCCAAUAUUUGAUCAAGUGGAAGAACUGGGCCCACAUCCACAACACUUGGGAAACUGAGGAGACACUCAAGUUACAGAACGUCAAAGGCAUGAAGAAACUGGACAAUUUCAAGAAGAAGGAACAGGAGAAAAAGAAAUGGUUAAAGGCGGCUUCACCAGAGGAUAUAGAAUAUUUCAACUGUCAAGAAGAGUUAAUGGACGACCUGCACUCUCAGUACCAGCUUGUAGAGCGAAUCAUAGGACAUUCAAAUCAGAAGUCAGCGGCUGGUUACCCAGACUACCUGUGCAAGUGGCAGGGUUUACCGUAUUCAGAAUGUAGCUGGGAGGAUGGUGGUCUGAUUGCCAAAAAGUUCCAGAAAUGCAUUGAUGACUACAUGAGCAGAAACCAGUCCAAGACCAUUCCAUCUAGAGACUGCAAGGUGCUAAAACAGAGACCUAGGUUUGUGCCCAUGAAGAAGCAGCCAACUUACAUCGGAGGGGAAGGACUAGAGCUCAGAGACUACCAGUUGGACAGUUUGAACUGGAUGGCCCACUCCUGGUGCAAAGGCAACAGCUGCAUCCUUGCUGAUGAGAUGGGUUUAGGGAAGACCAUCCAGACUAUCUCCUUCCUCAACUACCUGUUUAAUGAGCACCAACUGUAUGGACCCUUCUUGCUAGUGGUGCCUCUGUCUACACUAACCUCUUGGCAGAGGGAAAUCCAACUAUGGGCCCCUCAGAUGAAUGUUGUGGUCUACCUGGGAGACAUUAGCAGCAGGAACAUGAUCAGAACACAUGAGUGGAUACACGUCCAUAGCAAGAGACUGAAAUUCAACAUCCUCCUCACGACAUAUGAGAUUCUUCUCAAAGAUAAGUCAUUUUUGGGAAGUGUGAACUGGGCCUUCAUUGGAGUGGACGAGGCACACCGACUGAAAAAUGAUGACUCCCUCCUCUACAAGACCAUGAUCGACUUCAAGUCCAAUCACAGGCUUCUGAUCACAGGAACGCCACUGCAAAACUCCCUGAAAGAGCUCUGGUCCCUCCUGCACUUCAUUAUGCCUGAGAAGUUUCACUCUUGGGAGCUCUUUGAGGAGGAGCAUGGUAAAGGCAGGGACUCGGGCUACACCAGUCUACACAAAGAGCUGGAACCUUUUCUACUGCGCCGUGUCAAGAAGGAUGUGGAGAAAUCUCUGCCAGCUAAAGUGGAGCAGAUCCUCAGAGUAGAGAUGAGCGCUAUCCAAAAACAGUAUUACAAAUGGAUCCUGACCAGGAACUACAAAGCUCUGAGUAAAGGUACCAAAGGCAGCACGUCGGGCUUUCUCAACAUCAUGAUGGAGCUGAAGAAGUGCUGUAACCACUGUUACCUUAUCAAGCCCCCAGAGGACAAUGAGUUUCUCAACAGAGCUGAAGCGUUACAGCAACUGAUCCGGUCCAGCGGAAAGCUGGUUUUGUUGGAUAAACUGCUGGUGCGUUUAAAGGAGCGAGGACACAGAGUUCUCAUUUUCUCCCAGAUGGUGCGGAUGCUGGAUAUCCUGGCUGAAUAUCUGAGGAGCCGACAGUUCCUCUUUCAGCGAUUAGAUGGUUCCAUUAAAGGGGAGAUGAGGAAGCAGGCGCUGGAUCAUUUCAAUGCUGAAGGCUCGGAGGAUUUCUGCUUCUUGUUGUCUACGCGUGCGGGUGGUUUGGGUAUCAACCUGGCAUCAGCUGACACAGUAGUCAUCUUCGACUCAGACUGGAACCCUCAAAAUGACCUGCAGGCACAGGCCAGAGCCCACAGGAUCGGACAGAAAAGACAGGUGAAUAUCUACCGUCUGGUGACAAAAGGUUCAGUAGAAGAGGACAUCAUUGAGAGGGCAAAGAAGAAAAUGGUGCUUGACCACCUUGUCAUUCAGAGGAUGGACACCACGGGGAAAACUGUUCUCCAUACUGGUGCUGCUCCAUCUAGUUCAGCACCUUUCAACAAGGAGGAGCUGUCUGCCAUCCUGAAAUUUGGUGCUGAAGAGCUUUUCAAAGAGCCAGAAGGUGAAGAGCAGGAGCCUCAGGAGAUGGACAUUGACGAAAUCCUCAAAAGAGCUGAGACCAGGGAGAAUGACCCUGGACCCUCCACAGUCGGAGAAGAACUGCUGUCUCAGUUCAAGGUGGCCAACUUCUCCAUGAUGGAGGAUGAGGAAAUAGACAUUGACUCUGAACGAAGUCAACGCAGUUGGGAUGACAUCAUUCCUGAGGAACAGAGGAGGAGGAUGGAAGAGGAGGAGAGACAGAAGGAGCUGGAAGAAAUCUACAUGCUACCACGCAUGAGGAAUUGUGCCAAACAGAUCAGUUUUAACGCUAAUGACAGCCGGCAGAGCAGAAACAGGAGAUACUCUGGAUCUGACAGCGACUCCCCCUCCGACCGAAAGAGGCCAAAGAAACGAGGACGGCCUCGGACCAUUCCACGAGAAAAUAUCAAGGGUUUUAGCGAUGCUGAGAUCCGGAGGUUUGUCAAGAGUUACAAAAAAUUUGGAGGACCCCUCGAAAGGUUGGACGCUAUUGCUCGCGAUGCUGAACUUGUGGAUAAAUCUGAACAUGACCUGAAACGCUUGGCAGAGACGGUUCACAACGGAUGUGUGAGAACACUACGAGAAAAUCCCUGUGGACCCGAGAAGACUUCCGGAGGCAGAAGAGGAAAGGUGAAAGGCCCUACAUUCAGGAUAUCUGGAGUCCAGGUGAAUGCCAAGCUUGUAAUCUCCCACGAGGAAGAGCUGGCUCCACUACACAAGGCUAUUCCGGCUGAUCCUGAAGAGAGAAAAAAGUAUAUGAUUCCAUGCCAUUCGAAGGCAGCGCACUUUGACAUAGAGUGGGGGAAGGAGGACGACUCGAGCCUUCUCAUAGGUAUCUAUGAGUAUGGUUACGGCAGCUGGGAGAUGAUUAAGAUGGACCCGGACCUCAAUCUCACACACAAGCUCCUACCAGACGACCCUGACAAGAAGCCACAGGCCAAACAGCUACAGACCAGAGCAGACUACCUCAUCAAGUUACUGAGCAAGGACCUGGCCAAAAAAGAAGCACAGAAACAAGCAGGGACAGCCAGUUCGCGGAAGAGGAAACCAAGAAAUAAAAAGAGCAAAACUCUGAAGCCAGUGAAGACAGAUGAGGUGUUAAAGAGCCCCUCCUCAGAUCCUCCAUCUGACAAGAGGUCAGAGGAUGAGGAUGAAGUUGAGGAAGACAAGGAGGUACCACCACUGAAGGCACCGAGCAGACGGGGUCGAGGAGAUAGGUUGGUGAUGGAGGAGGAGGAGGAAGAGGAAGAUGACGAUGAUGACAAUGACGACGAUGAUGACGACGACGACGAUGACGAUGAUGAGGAGCCUGAGCAAGAGGUUUCUUCAUCCGGGGAAAAGGAUGUCAAAGAAAAAGAGGUCAAAAAAGAAGGAAAAAAGGAGAAGAGGGAAGAAAACUGUGACAUUAAAGAAACAAAGGAGCCAAAAGAGAAAAAAGAAACGAAGCCUCUGGAGGCGGUACAUAAACAAGAGGAAAGCGUGGAAAAGACUGAAGUAAAGACCGAGGUACGAGAACGGACGAAGAAAGCGUCUGAUGUGCCGGUCCAUAUUACAGCUAGCGGAGAGAAUGUACCAAUAUCUGAGGAGUCUGAGGAGCUGGACCAGAGGACAUUCAGUGUGUGUAAAGAGAGGAUGCGGCCAGUGAAAGCAGCCCUGAAACAACUGGACAGACCAGAGAAAGGACUGUCGGAGCGCGAGCAGCUGGAACACACACGACAGUGCCUCAUAAAGAUCGGAGACCACAUAACUGAGUGUCUGAAGGAGUAUUCAAAUCCUGACCAGAUCAAACAGUGGAGAAAAAACCUGUGGAUAUUUGUUUCCAAAUUCACUGAGUUUGAUGCAAGAAAGCUACAUAAACUGUAUAAGCAUGCAAUCAAGAAAAGGCAAGAGAAUGCCCAGGCAAUGGAGCAGAACACUAGAAGUAUAAACACCCAUGGCUAUAAACAUGCAGAUAUUGAAAGACUGAAGGAAAACUCUCACCAGGAUGAAAGCAGCAGGGACAGCUACAGCUCAGACAGACAUCAGCCUUCAGGUCGAUACCAUGAAAGCAGCAGCACCAAGGAGCGACACAGCUCCGAGUCCCAUAGGAAGACCACAGGAGGAGAGUCCAGGAAAAGGCCGUACUCUUCCUUCAGCAACGGCAAAGACCACCGAGACAGAGACCACUACAGACCAGACAGCAGGGACAGAGACAGACAAGAAAGAUACUACAACGACAAUAAGCACAGGAAGCUGGAGGAGUUCCGCACCAGCAGAGACCAUCGACUGGAUUUAAAGGAUCAUUCCCACUUAGACCAUCGUUCUUCGUACCGCUACCACUCAGACUGGCAAACAGAGCAGCGAGCCUCCGCUAGCGGGCCGCGCUCGCCCAGAGACCAGCGCUCACCUUACGACUCCCGCUCACCCAUGGGUCACCGCUCCCCUUUCGACUACUCAUCAGACCACAGGAGCACACCAGAGCAGAUCUGGAGCAGCCGCAAGACAUAACAUGAGCUGCCUGGGUCUGCUAGUAGCAGCCAUAGACUCAGUAACACAGCAAAUGCCUUACAUGGACUGUGGUCUCCAACUGAAGCUGUUUGAAGCACUGUAUCAGUCAGUUCAGCAUGGCUGUCAUCUCCUCGCUUCAGCAGCGACUCAUCUCGGGAACCUGGGAGAUGAACACCAGGAAGCGGCUCAAACCAGGCAGCAGAUAAAAAAAAAUCAAAGCUUAUUUUUAUAUUUGAGUGUAUAAAGCUGCAUUGUUGUGUAGGUUCAGCAGCAUGCAGCACAGUUUUUGGUUAUUUUUAUAAACUUUUUUUCUUUUUUUUUAAACUCUGGAAAUGGACACAAUUGACCCUGAGUGCUGCCUCAUAUUCCCACCAACCUUUGACACUGGAUUCUGUAUUUGACUGUUCUCUAUGUUGUCUGUCAUUCUCUGUUUCACUAUCAUGCUUAAUGUGAUUAUCUACCUUAUUUAAGUGUUAACUCAAUGAGAAGUCAGUUGUCACAUGAAUCACAUUGCAAGGUGAUAUAAAGGUGUCUGGUCGAAUCCAGUCUGGGCUCAGGCUCACCACCUGAAUUACCUCAUUCACAACAUUUUUCAUUUCCUCAGCAGUUAGUCAGUUUCUUUUUUUUUUUU